UUUCUUCCUUCUACCACCGGUUCAUUACCUUACCUCUCACACCACCACUCUCACUUCACAAUGGGAAAAGAAAAGGCUCACAUUAACAUCGUCGUUAUCGGCCACGUCGACUCCGGCAAGUCGACCACGACCGGCCACCUUAUCUACAAGUGCGGUGGUAUCGACAAGCGAACUAUCGAGAAGUUCGAGAAGGAGGCUGCCGAGCUCGGCAAGGGCUCGUUCAAGUACGCCUGGGUUCUUGACAAGCUCAAGGCUGAGCGUGAGCGUGGUAUCACCAUCGACAUUGCCCUCUGGAAGUUCGAGACCCCCAAGUACAAUGUCACCGUCAUUGACGCCCCUGGCCACCGUGACUUCAUCAAGAACAUGAUCACGGGUACCUCGCAGGCUGACUGUGCCAUCCUCAUCAUUGCCGGUGGUACCGGUGAGUUCGAGGCUGGUAUCUCCAAGGACGGCCAGACCCGCGAGCACGCCCUGCUCUCGUACACCCUCGGUGUCCGUCAGCUCAUCGUUGCCGUCAACAAGAUGGACACGACCAAGUACUCGGAGGACCGAUUCAACGAAAUCAUCAAGGAGACCUCUGCCUUCAUCAAGAAGGUCGGUUACAACCCCAAGACUGUUGCCUUCGUCCCCAUCUCGGGUUGGCACGGUGACAACAUGAUUGAGCCCACCACCCAGAUGCCCUGGUACAAGGGUUGGUCGAAGGAGGGCAAGGACGGCGCCAAGUCGGGCAAGACCCUCCUCGAGGCCAUCGACGCCAUCGACCCCCCCAGCCGCCCCACGGACAAGCCCCUCCGUCUCCCCCUCCAGGACGUGUACAAGAUCGGUGGUAUCGGCACAGUGCCCGUCGGCCGUGUCGAGACCGGUGUCAUCAAGCCCGGCAUGGUCGUUACCUUUGCCCCCGCCAACGUCACCACUGAGGUCAAGUCGGUCGAGAUGCACCACGAGUCGCUCCCCGAGGGUCUCCCCGGUGACAACGUCGGCUUCAACGUCAAGAACGUCUCGGUCAAGGACAUUCGCCGUGGCAACGUUGCCGGUGACUCGAAGAACCACCCCCCUCAGGAGGCUGCUUCGUUCAACGCCCAGGUCAUUGUCAUGAACCACCCCGGCCAAAUCGGCAACGGUUACGCCCCGGUUCUUGACUGCCACACCGCCCACAUUGCCUGCAAGUUCUCGGAGCUCCUCGAGAAGAUCGACAGGCGAACUGGUAAGGCCACCGAGACGAACCCCAAGUUCAUCAAGUCUGGUGACGCCGCCAUCGUCAAGAUGAUUCCCUCGAAGCCCAUGUGCGUCGAGGCCUUCUCUGAGUUCCCUCCUCUCGGUCGUUUCGCCGUCCGUGACAUGAGGCAGACCGUUGCUGUCGGUGUCAUCAAGUCGGUCGAGUUCUCGUCGGGCAAGGGUGGCAAGGUCACCAAGGCUGCCGAGAAGGCCGCCAAGAAGAAGUAAGCCACUCGAUGGCUCUAGAAGCGAUGUGAUUCUCUUCUCUCUUUCCCCACGUUCUGUGGUGGGAAGGUCACUAGAUCCUUCGCCCAAACCAUCAAUCUUCCUUUGUCGCCCGC